AUGGAUGCUGCGGCACGAUUUAUAAAUGACAGUCGUGGAACAUCAUUUCAAAAUAAUUCCAAAAUAAAAGGGCGACAAAUGUUCAGAUUAAAAGCGACCAAAAAAAUACCCGCAAACCAUGAAAUAUUCACAUCGUAUGGUGACUCAUAUUGGGGAAAGAUAUUUCUCACUCUCGCUCAUGCUACUGUAGGCAUAUACAUAAUUUAAAUCAAUCACAUUUUUUUAAAACAGCAACACAGUAAUAUGGCUCGUUAUCAAAAAGGUGGGAAUUUCAGAGGUAAAAAAUAUCAACGUAGUAAAAAACGUGGUGGUUAUAUUGAGAAGAAAAUCAAGAAUUCAAAAAUCGGUGAACAAUUGAAAAAAAUCAUCAAUGUUUGUAACAGACUGGGUAAUAUACUCAUACCCAAAACCAAAACUAAGAAAACCAUACAAAGUGGUAGCAGUAUCGGUCACAGUGUACGUUAUGUACCUCCACGAAGAGUGAGAAACACUAUACCCAUUGCUAAGCAAAUUAUGUAUCAGUAA